UUCUUGCUCUGAGUAUUGCGGCGUCGCUGGCCGCUGAGGAGGGCGGAGAUUUCUGUGUGAAAUAGGGGGAGGGCUCCAAGGAAGCUUCAGGAAGAGCCGCAGUCUGAACAAUAAAGUGAGAAGUUGAUGUGGGUACUGCUAGUCUCGUACCGGCGGCUUCAAGUCUGAGAUCAUCGUGGAACCAUCAACUUUGAAAUUUAUAAAACAUGGAGAAAACUAAAGAGAAAGCUGAAAGAAUUCUUCUAGAGCCUUAUAGGUACUUACUUCAAUUACCAGGUAAACAGGUGAGAACCAAACUUUCACAGGCAUUUAAUCACUGGCUGAAAGUUCCAGAAGACAAGCUACAGAUUAUCAUUGAAGUGACUGAAAUGUUGCAUAAUGCCAGUUUACUCAUUGAUGAUAUUGAAGACAAUUCAAAGCUCCGGCGUGGUUUUCCAGUGGCUCACAGCAUCUAUGGUAUCCCAUCUGUCAUUAAUUCUGCGAAUUAUGUCUACUUCCUUGGCCUGGAAAAAGUCUUAACACUUGAUCACCCAGAUGCAGUAAAGCUUUUUACACGCCAGCUUUUAGAACUUCAUCAGGGACAAGGCCUAGAUAUUUACUGGAGGGACACCUACACUUGUCCAACAGAAGAAGAAUAUAAAGCCAUGGUAUUGCAGAAGACAGGUGGCUUGUUUGGAUUAGCAGUAGGUCUCAUGCAGUUGUUCUCUGAUUACAAAGAAGAUCUAAAGCCACUGCUCGACACACUUGGGCUCUUUUUCCAGAUUAGAGAUGAUUACGCCAAUCUACACUCCAAAGAAUACAGUGAAAACAAAAGUUUCUGUGAAGACUUAACAGAAGGAAAGUUCUCAUUCCCCACUAUUCAUGCCAUUUGGUCAAAGCCCGAAAGCACGCAGGAUAUUGUGAUGUUGCCUACCUUGUGUGUGACAGCUCUGAGGAGAAAGGUAUCCUGGCGGUCAGAAGUCAAGGACUUCUAGCACAGAGACACACUGCAUAGCAAACCUAACACAAAAGAUUUAUUGGGAAAGACAAAAGAGGGCUGCUGCCUCUGCUUCAGAGAGAAGUAGAGGACUGAGCAGGAGGCAGGCUCUAUACAGUGUUUCUUAGUGGGGGUGAAGUUGGAGGGUGGCUUCCAGGGAGGCUGAGACUGAAAGGAUUUUGUGGCCUAAUCUUGGGCUUUUUUAUGUAAGGUGGGGCCUGGCCACUCUCCUGCCUCAAGGGACUGGGAACAGCUGUUACUGCCAUCAGAGAAGUCUGGGGGGUUAUGAGGGAGAAUUUGGAGGGGGAGGCCUAGCCACUCUUGCCUCGAGAGGCUUAUAUCUCCCUUCUUUGUUUAGUAUUGAUGAACAAUCGGGUCAGGAGAGGGGGCAAAGUUAUCAUUAGACUACUUCUUGCUGACCUGGAGCAUCAGAGUCCUUGGGGCAAGUUUGAUCUUCAGCGUCGGGAUAAUCAGGAGUUACAGGCCUCUGACUCCGUAGCUAGGGGGCUGUAAUUCUGUAAUAGCAACUGAUUCAAAGUCUGGUUAGAAAUCUUUUGGAUGUGUUAUUGAAGAAAUCUAGAAAAGAAGCUUAUAUGGCCGGGUGCAACUAGUAGGAUUAAGAAAAGGAGUAGGAGGGAGGAGGUCAAGAAGGAUAGUAUUCAAUUCCAUAUUGGACUGUCAGUGAUCCACUACUCAGAUGCAUUGAAUUGUUUCUUAUGUUUGAAGAUCUGUUUUGAGUUGUCAGAUCUUACUUUUUACUAUACGUGACUGGUUGACAUAAAAGCAGUAUUCCUCCUUGAGGAAGAGACAAAGACCACCUAUCUUUCACUGUUAGUAAAUAUGAUCCUUGCCAAUUUUAUAGCAAUGUGGUGGCUAGUGAGCGUACUUGGCCCUGGAGAGUACGGAUGUUCUGAGCCACACAUUUGAAGUCCUGGAUGAACUGAGUUGAAAACUGAGAUGAAACUUCAAUAGUUAGGGAAGUUAGUCCCACCACUGAGAUGACUAUACCCAGAACUGCAAGAAAGGGUAUGACUUAAACUUUUUGUCAUGCCCCUUCUGCUAUAAACUCUGUGAUAGGAACUAGCAAGGGUUCUUUAAUGGGAACCACCCAGAGUUUUGGAAAAAGGAACACCAGAGCAUAGUUCCAGACCACACAGCCGGUUGGCAGCAGUAACUGAGUGCCCGAGAGAAUCGGGGCGUUAUAAAUGUGUGGGCAUAGGGGCUGUGUGGUAAUACUAAAGGGUAAGGCAUUACUGCUGUCUACAGAAUCCAUCAUGCCCACAAAGCAUGUUCCUGACGAGUAAAGUAGUUUGUGGUAGGAAAGAGAGAACUGUGGAAGAGAUAAGGGCUGGUAGUGAUACUUAGUUUAGAGCUAUUAAGCAGGCGAUGUGAGAGAGUCUAAUAAGCCAAUGGGCAAGGCCACAAAUGGUGGUCAUGAGUUUGACCCAGGAGGGACAUACAACCAACAUUCUUCAAAGAAGUCGGGCAGAGCAUUAUUGAAUAGCUGAUAUGUGGAGGUUAAGGUCUGAAACGAGUUAUUAUGACAUGGAGGUGGACUCAGUAUCAUCUAAGAAGGAUGAUAUUUCGGAUGUAUAAGACCACUUCUUUUACUGUGUCUAUUUCUAGUGGUUGAGAAAGUAGGAUGUGUGCACUCUGUAUUUUGAACAUGUCUAAUGGGCAGCUGUGAUAAAUGUUAUAAUAAAGGUUACCAAUGACCCCGUCUUCCCAUCUGGGGUGCUAUGGAUCCUUAAGGAGGAUAUAAAAGAUUCUCCCAUUCUGCAUAAAAGGUAGAAUGCUUUUCUGAAUAUGCAUUAUGUCUCUUACAGGACUGAUAAGGGCAGCCUCCGUAAGUCUGACCAAUGUCAACAGUAAUCUCUGGUUUUGAUUUGAUCAUAGAGAAAGCAAACAUAGGAGUCAGGUGUUUUAGAAAUUGAUGUAGGUGUUAUAGGAAAAAGUAUUAGCAACCUGCUGGUGAUUAGUCUUCAGACCCACCAUGUUGAACCAUUGAGUAUAGGUUUCAUUAACCUUUGAACUCUUAGUAUACCAAUAGCGUAGAGAGGGGAAAGACAUCUGAAACAUUUUUUCAUUGCCUUAACUCACCUUCUUGUACCUUCAGAACUUUGAUUUACAUACCUUAAACCACUUUCUUAUGCCUCUAGAACUUUCUUAAGCUUUUGAAUCUGUUAUACACGCUCUUGGACCCCCAUACUCAUAUAAGUUUUCACAUUCUUAGUCUUUCAUUCUUUACAUAAGUUUUCACAUCCUCCAUCUAACCAUUUACCAGAGACAUGAACACUUAUUACUGAGAACAGUCUCUGCAAAGCAAGUUCUAUUAAGUCCUUUUGUUUUGUUUUGCUCUGUUCUCUGUCACAGUCAGGUGACCUGUCUGACACAGGUCAGAGAUUAUGGAGAAAACCUUUAAACAUGUUUGGGUCUAGAAGAGGGGGCAUCAUAACACAACUCCAGAGCCAGCUAUCCAAUAAAGCAGAAUAACUCUAUAUUAAUUAUAAUUUAAUAUUAUCCAUACCUAAAAGACAUUUGAAUCCCUGCUAAACUGAAUCUAGUGACCAGAAAUCCCAGAGAUAAAUUCUGAGCCCUGACUCUCAAAGCUGGCAGCUGGCAAUGGCAGAGAAAAAAAAAAAAACAAUAAACACAGAGUUCACAAA